UUUUCUCUCUAAUCCCUUGUUCAGCCCUCGAAGUGCGGAGCAGAUGGAAAGAGUGUUGGUGAAAGAAAGAGAGAGAUAGAGAGUCAGGAGAAACCAUGCAGUAUCUGAGGAAGCCUAGUGAGCGUAGUGACCGAGCCUGACGACCUGAUCACCCCAGACAACAAGGAAAGAGCAGUCUGGUCAACCUCAAGACCUGGACAUACACACCUCCAACAGGAGAAAGAGAAAUAAACAGAGAGAAAGAGCGAGAGAGAGAGAGAGUGAGACAGAGAUAGAGAGCGCGAAAGAGAGAGAGAGGAGAACGCCAGAUGUGUGAGAGAGAGCAGAGAGAAGGAGAUGCUCAGAGAGAGCGGACAGUGACCAGAAAGGAGACCAGAGGAAGAAAGAGAAACGAAAGAGACCACUGAGAGAGUCCCUGUGGUAGUGCUGAAAUCUGGAUUGUCUGUAAAGGGGUGCUUGACUUUUGGUUCUGUGGCUCUGAGAGACAACGGGAGCUCUGAGAAACAGUUUGGGGGAGUUCUGUGUUUCACUCUGCCAACAGUAUUACCUGUGUGUGGAAACACUGUGUUACGAGACUGCUUCAAGUGUUCUGAAGAGAACAAAAUAGUAGCCAAAGAAAAGGAGGACAGAAAGAGGACAGAUAAAUAAAAAGGAAAGAAAGCUAUACAUUUAGAAAGAAAUAACAAGAAGGAACCAGAGAGUAAGCGAGAGAAAAACAAAGCUAGAGACAGACAAUAACAGAUAGACAAAAAUACAGGAUGGCAAACUCAGGAUUCCAGUUACUGGGUUACUUCCUGGCGCUGGGUGGUUGGAUAGGCAUCAUCUCCACCACGGCUCUGCCCCAGUGGAAGCAGUCUUCGUACGCGGGUGACGCCAUCAUCACGGCCGUCGGGCUCUAUGAGGGCCUGUGGAUGAGCUGCGCCUCCCAGAGUACAGGACAGGUGCAGUGCAAGGUGUUUGACUCCAUGCUGUCACUGGACGUUCACAUCCAGACGUGUCGUGCUCUUAUGGUGGUGUCCGUGCUACUGGGCUUCAUAGGAAUGAUAGUGAGUGUGGUGGGGAUGAAGUGCACUAAGGUGGGCGACAAUAACCCCGCCUCCAAGGGGCUCAUCGCUGUGUCUGGAGGAGCCCUCUUUCUACUCGCAGGUCUGUGUACGCUGGUGUCCGUGUCCUGGUAUGCCACUCAGGUGUCCUAUCAUUUCUUCAACCCAAACACGCCGGUCAAUGCCAGGUAUGAGUUUGGGUCAGCCCUGUUUGUGGGAUGGGCGGCGGCCAGCUUGGCGGUUUUGGGUGGAUCCUUCCUGUGCUGCUCCUGCUCCAAUGAGGAGAGGCGAGGGCAGCAGUACUACCGCCAAUCACAACCAUCCACAGCCAGGGAGGCAGAGUUGUUGAGUGAGACUAGUUUCCCUGACUGACCAAACCCUGCCUGUCCCCCAGGACUGUCCGAGUUCCACUCACUGUCUCCCCUUUCCCUGUUCCUUCCUAGAUUCAAAAUUUGGACCUUUGUCUCUCCGCUAUAGUAUUUGUCUCUCCCCCUCCGCCUCUUCCUCUCUCCCUCCCCCCCUCCAACCCCAUACCCCAUUCCUAAAUGUCUGCUCCUUAUCAGUGUCUGAUAUUAAGGGUCGACACAAUGUCCGCCACCCCUUUAAGAGAUUGCUUCUUCCCUUCUCCCACUCCCUGAGCCUGUUUGUAAAUAUAGACUCUUAAAGGAGAAGUGUGGUUAGGUGGUUAGACCCCCCCCCCCCCCCCCUUUACAACUAGAGGGGCAGUAUUUCACUGUAUUUCAACCUGUGAACCCUUUACUAGAAAGUUCAUGAUAUCCUUUUAUCUUUUAUUGACUGGACUUUAACUGAACACGUGAGACUUGUUGUGUCAUUAUGUUACGUUGAUUUCUGCUUCACUAAUAUCCUGUGAUUUCUGGGUUGUUAGAAAUGUGCAUUUUGGUUUUGUUCUCUGAGUAUACAAGUGUACAUUUACUGAAACAUGUUUUUUCUUUUAAAUUGCAGACCAAAUGUUAAACAUUCCCCACCAGAGAAAAAGGAGGAAUACUUGUAGUUUGGGUGACUCCUUUGGCCCCACGAUGUGUUAGAUUUUUGGCAACAGGCAAUACACUGUCUAACACAAACAGACAAGACACUCUCUCAAAGAAAAUAGAAGCAGACAAGACACUCUCAAUAGAAAACAUAAGCAGACAAGACACUUUCAAUAGAAAAGACACUUUCAGAAAGCAAACAAAAUAAAUCCAGAAUACACUGACUACAUCUGCAGGCCAACCCUAAUGGGUAGCUAGUACUGUAUCAUUCUUAAAGAUGCCCAUGUGUUAAAUGUUUGUCAAUGUAUUUUAGAAUCACUUUUGUACACAAGCCAUAUUAAAUGGUAUUCUGCAUAGGUAUUAUUUGUGCUCACACAUGACAAAUAACUGCUAUUUGGAUAAUUGAAAGAUGGUGAACCUGAAUCUGUAAUUCUUUCUGUCUGUAGUCUGUCUUUAGUUUCUGGGAGAGGAAGUCAUUAGGGGGUGUUUAUAGAACAUAGAAUACAGAAGUGCCCAGAUGUAUACACCACCACCUCCAGCCUUUCUACUACAUAUUCUCUACUGCAGUGCCUUAUAACAUGUGUGUUUGUGUGUAUGUUUUUGACUGUUAUACACGGAUCCCACAGUGUCACAUCCUAUGUGGACAUAUUGUAAAACGUAUCCGUGGACAUGUCUUUUCUCUUGCAUGAAAUGUACCAUUCAGACAAACUGUUGCAUGUAGUUGUAUCUCUGAACAUGAAUAUGUACUGUACUGUAGCUAGUAUACCACUUAGAAAACAACAGACAGAGAGAUUCCUAAAUGUCCCUAACUGAUGAGAGCGAUGGCACGCUUUGUAAAAGUUGUGAGACUGUUUGGAAGAAGUACAUGUACAGUAGCCCAGAUUGAGGAUAUUAUUAUACAUGCAUUCGAUUUAGUUAAGUGCCAAUAUGAUUUAGUGUGGAUGGAAGAUGUGUUUUGUUAUUGACUACGGCAAAUUUUUCUGUACUCCGGGUGCUGAAAGCACCGUCUCCUGUACAGGUACUGUACUUAGUAACGGCCAGUUUGCUGAAUGUAAUCAGGUCAAACGUGCUUUUCUGUUGCCUACAUUUAUUUACCAUGCAUUUUCUUCAUCUAAUAUUCACUAUUAUUAUUUGAUGUAUCAUUUCUUUUGAAGUAUACUCAUGUAUGUUUCUUUUAGAAUAAAGUAAGCGCAUAAAAA